UGCGUAACAGGAGCAGGGGGUUACAUAGCUUCAUGGCUGGUGAAGCUUCUUCUAUCUGAAGGAUACAAGGUCAACGGCACAGUUCGAAAUCCAAGCGAUGAGAAGAAUGGUCACUUGAAGAAACUCGAGAAUGCUUCAGAAAACCUUCAGCUCUACAAGGCAGACGUUCUUCAAUUUCAUGAUUUAUUAGCAGCAAUUCAAGGAUGUGAAGGAGUUUUUCAUGUAGCCAGUCCUGUUCCUGGAUUCAAAGUGGUGCCCAAUCCAGAGAGUGAGGUGAUCGCUCCUGCUCUUACCGGAACUAUCAAUGUAAUGAAAGCUUGUUCAGAGGUAGGAGUCAAGCGAGUUCUUGUUGUUUCGUCAAUAGCUGCUGUCUUUAUAAAUCCAGAUUGGCCCAAGGAUAAGGUCAUUGAUGAGUCUUGUUGGUCAGACCAAGACUGGAUGAGGAGGGGAGUUCAGUAUUGUUAUGCCCUUUCAAAGACUCUAGCAGAAAGAGCUGCCUGGGAAUAUGCAGAGAAGACUGGAUUAAAUCUGGUUACUGUUUGCCCAUCAAUGGUUUAUGGACCACAAUUGCAGACCACAGUUAAUUCUAGUAGCUUGAUGCUUCUCAAUAUUGUGAAAGGAGCACCAGAACCAAUGUUGGACAAGCUAUGGCACCUCGUGGAUGUGCGAGAUGUGGCUGAUGCUUUGCUUCUAGUGUAUGAGUCUGCAGACGCUUCAGGAAGAUAUAUUUCUUCUGCUCAUUCGAGUUAUAUUCAUGACAUGAUCACCAAGUUGAAGAGUAUUUAUCCCAACUACAAGUACCAGCAGAAUUUCAUUGAGCCAGAGGUAGAGCGAGAACGCAUCAGCGAAUCUUCUUCAGAGAAAUUAAAGAUGUUGGGUUGGAAAACCAGGCCAUUUGAAGAAACACUUGUUGAUUCUAUUGAAUUCUACCAGCAAGCUGGCCUUCUUGAGAAGAACUGAUGUAGGACAAAUGCAGUGUAAGCACCAAAAAUCCCUCAUUUCGCCUACUAUUUCCUGUUCUUCUUACGACCUUCCCGAUUUGGAAUCUUGCGAACUCAAGUUUUUUCUCCCGCCCUCGCCUUCAGCCUUCCGAAUCGUCGAUUGCACCUAUAAAAGAUGGCCAAGGGCAUCACCUCCUCUUGUCCGCUCUCACUCGAAACCAUCUACGAAGGUAACCCUCGUCUUCCACCCCCUUUUUCUCCCUGCCACCCUCGCGCGCCUCAGCCUCUUUGAACCCCGUAAAUUUAUGUCCCGACCGGAUCUCUAGUCUGGGAUUUGAGUUUUUAUCGUCUGCGGACACCUCAAAUUUCUCAUAUUUACAUCAAUCUGAAUAUUUCUUUUUAUUAUUAGAGUGUGACCCACUCAAAUUUUUUUGACGGUUCAGAUUGGACACCUGCGCACGCAAUAAAAAUUCCUGAGAUUUAAGACAAAAU